AUGUUUGCACGAUAUACAUUCCGAUGCUCCCAGCCUCUAGCACAGAGUGUGCGAAAAUAUUCCUCAGAAGCCCCAGCAAAGUCAUCGCGAAUUCCGUUAAUUGGAGGCAUUACUCUCGCAGCUGGCGCCGGAUAUUACUACUACUGGCAAACUACUUCCGCGAAGUCUGAGCCGAAGGAACGCAGCACCGUCUUCAAGGGAGGGGACCAGGGAUGGAUUGGCCUCAAGCUGGCCCACAUCGACAAUGUCAACCAUAACGUCAAGAAACUCCGCUUCGAGUUUGAGGAUCCCGAAAGCGUUUCUGGUCUUCAUAUCGCGUCCGCCCUUCUGACCAAAUACAAGGGCCUAACGGACGAGAAGCCGACAAUUCGUCCUUACACUCCUGUCAGCGAUGAAGGUAUGUGGGCCAGCCUGGGGUACCUGGAUCUCCUGGUAAAGAGAUACCCCAACGGCCCGAUGUCCAACCACCUGCACAACAUGGCAGUAGGCCAACGGCUUGACUUCAAAGGCCCUCUUCCCAAGUAUCCAUGGGAGCCUAGCAAGCACGAUCACAUCUGCCUGAUCGCAGGCGGCACCGGGAUCACGCCCAUGUAUCAACUCGUCCGCAAGAUCUUCAGCAACCCCGAAGACAAGACCAAGGUGACGCUCGUCUUCGCCAACGUCACGGAGGAAGACAUCCUGCUGCGGAAGGAGUUCGAACAUCUCGAAAACACCUACCCUCGGCGCUUCCGUGCCUUUUACACCCUCGACAAACCGCCCAAGAACUGGGCGCAGGGCACCGGUUUCAUCACCAAGGACCUGCUCAAGACCGUGCUCCCCGAACCCAAGACAGAGAAUAUCAAGAUUUUCGUGUGUGGGCCGCCAGCCAUGUACAAGGCGAUCAGCGGGCAAAAGGUCAGCCCCAAGGACCAGGGCGAGCUCUCUGGCAUCCUGAAGGAGCUUGGAUAUAGCAAGGAGCAGGUGUACAAGUUUUAG